AUGGCUUCGCGAUACCCAAUGCCCAACGUCUACGCCAAACAAAAGACCGACGCACCCUCUCCAUCUUUAAUUUCCACCGCCGUCAAAUCAGUCUUUUCGGCUCCUCGGUCGUACCCCUCCACCCCAGCUUCCACGUCGAGGUACCCCCUGCCGACGGCGUAUACGCAGAGAGAUGGGGCUGACAACAAGUACAACAAGAGGCCUGUGAGGGAGGAGCGGAUGGGCGUGGGGUCGAGGGUUUCUGUUGCGUCGAGGGAUACGAUUGAGAAGAUCAAGGACGAUCAGGUCUAUGGGUUGGGGCGGUAG